AGAAUCUGAAAAAAUUGAACAACAGUUGAACAACAACUGCUGGCUGUUUUCCAAAGAGUGCAGAAUCUGAAAAAUGGCUGACUUGAAGAUUGACUUGCUUGACCCCAAAGACACACUUGUGUUUGCGCAUGAAGAUAAUGACUUCCGGAUUCCUGCUCUUCUCUAUGUUAAGGAAUGGAAAACCUUCCUGGCGUUUGCCGAGAAGCGGACCUCGACCAGAGAUGAACAUGCCACGAGCCUGGUGCUGAGGACAGCCACACGCCAGCCUAGUGGAUCACUACAGUGGUCAGAAAGUUGGAUGGAUUUGACAAAAGCGACUAAGGAUGGCUACCGUGCCAUGAACCCCUGUCCAGUGUUUGAGUCGAGCACGGGAAAGCUGUUCUUGUUUUUCAUCUGUGUCGAGGGCGAAGUUAGAGAGUUCCAGCUGAAAGCAGGCCAAACCAAGCUCUGCUACAUCACUUGCGCCGCAUCCCCCCUGAGAGACGAGAGCUGGACAGAGCUGACCGACCUCUCCGACAGCGCUGUUGGCAAAUACCUCGAAGAGUACCAGACCUUUGCCGCCGGCCCUGGUCAUGGUGUCCAGCUGCAGAGCGGUCGGCUGCUUAUCCCGCUCUACGUCAAGGAGUUCAAGGACUCCAACACCUGGCUGUUCGAGGUGUUUCCCCUCUGGUACUUCUGGACUAUGAAGUCGUACUCCUUGGCUCUCUACAGCGACGAUCAAGGACGCACCUGGCAGGUGGGGGAGAAGAUGCCGGUCGAGUCUGGGGAGUUCCAGAUGGCUGAGGUCACCGACCGUGAGGGCAAAGGUCAGCUGUACUGCAACGCCCGCAACACGAAAGCAGUGCGACUCAGCAAAACCAGCCUCAGGGUGGAGGCGCUGAGUGCCGACGGAGGGGCCAGCUUUAGCAUGCUAACUGAGCUAGCGCUCCAGGAGAGGCCCAUGGGGUGCCAGGGCAGCGUGCUGAGCUUCCCCGCCAGGGAGCUGCCAGCAGGGGGCAGGGCCUCCUCAGAGAGGGGAGCAGGGGGCGGGGCCUCCUCACAGAGGGGAGCAGGGGAAGGGGAGAGGGAAGCAGGGGGAGAGGCCUCCUCACAGACAGCUCUGCUGUUCAGCCACCCCACCGCAGGGCAGGGCUGGGACCGGCUGGAGCUGGGGGUCCAUCUGAGGAGGUCUCUCCAGGAUCACGACCCCUGGGGAGAGCCCCACAUCAUCCACCCGGGUUGUAGCGGCUACUCGGACCUCGCCCGCUGUGAGGAGGACGGGCGCUUCGCCUGCCUGAUGGAGUGUGCGGAGGGCGGGCACCAUUCACCCUCACUGGGCAACCGCCGCAAAAUCACCUUCCAGGAGUUCCAACUCAAGUGAAGUGAAGUCAUCAAUCUCAACAAAAUGGUUUAAAUUUUACAGUGACCCCCC